AUGAGCACUCAUGACCUGGCGCAGACUCACUGCAAUACUGUGCAGCAUGCCACGCAACAACAGCUUGAGCAUCCUGGCCUCGAUACUACCUCACCACAGGAGGAACGGGCUGUUCAUUCGGCCGUGCGACGAACAAGGCGGCGGAGAGUCAAGAAGUGGAAUCCCGGCAAACGCUUCAGCAUGAGAGAGGCUUUCGUUGACGGAACCGCCCUGCUACGAAAAGCGGCCAGGCUUGCGAGGUUCGACGACAUUGCUGUAGACUUGUGCUUUUGGGACCUGGGCUGCUCGUCAUGGGUUGGUGUGGAGCCUCGACCUUCUGGCGCGAUAAGCCGCAACAUUAGAGAGGUACGUCUGGGUCGUGGCCGCUUUACCCCACACUGCCCGAUAACUGACUACCCGUGGAUUCGACCUAACGGAGACCCCACUCAUAGAGUGGGCGGCAAAAUUCUGGGACAAGGGCAAAAUUCUGGGACAGCCAAAUAG